UCCCCCCUCUCUAGGAGAUAGAUGGCUUGGAGGUGAUUGGCUCAGGCCAGCCCUUCACCUCUGUCACUGUGAAGCAGAGCCCCCUAAUGGAGGAGGAGGAGAGGGAGGAGCUUAGGGAGGUGGAGCAGAAGGAAAACCAUGACCCCCUGUCGCAGUUUGAUGAUGUCAUGCUGGACGCGGUGCUGGUGCCUGCCCUGAGGUUCUGUGGGCAGCCCGCCCGCUGGACAGGCAACUCCACCUCUCACAAGGGGGAGGUGGGUAUCAGCGCCAGGGUAACGUUUGAGGCCCUGUCAGGAGAGAGAGCCCGUUCAGACAUGGAGGUGCAGAACGAGGGCAGUACAGCAGUCUACUACAGCUGGCAGCGCCUGGCUGUACCACAUAGCUUCCCUGACGCCAGGACACAUACAUACACACAGCACUUCUACUUCAACACCUCCACAGGUGUGAUUCUACCAGGUGACAGCAAGCGUGUAGAGUUUAUAUUUAAGUCGGAGGUCCCAGGCAUCAGGACAGAGGUGUGGCGUCUCAACACACACCCUGUCCUGCUGGGCGGAGCCUCCAUCCAGGUGACACUGAGGGGCGUGGCUCUUUACCAGGACAAGACCGCUGACCAGAGACACGCUCUGGAGAGGGAGCUGCAGCAGAGAGAGGCUGCGUCAGUGUGUCGGUCGUUGGUGUGUGACGUGUUACGAGGCGUCCUCACCCCAGAGAGACCCGGCUCCCCUGCGGAGCUCUACACCACCGAGGAAGAACACUUCCACAACAGGAACCCAAAGCUGCAGUACCGUUAUGAGACAGUGGAGGCGCUGAAGAGCCUGUGGCAGCAGGUGACCACAGAAACAGGAGAAGACAGAGAAACAGCCUGGGACCUCUCUGUGUCUACACUACGACAGGCGGUGCUGGCUCUGCCCCAGGGGGACGGGGAGCAGGAUGGACCCCAGGAGAGGCUCACCAGAGAGGGGGCUCUGAGCCUCUAUAACACCCUCCUCCUAGAGCUCACCCAGCCACUCACACAACACACGCCACUACCACACAAUGCUAUAGGGUUGCAGCUGUGGAGAGAGCUGUUGGACGGUCUGGUCAGUGCAGCUCUGUGGCUCAGACAUCUACUGGGUCUCCCUGAGUCAGACACAUGGGGGGAACACACACAGGACCACAACCACAGCUGGGGAAAGACGAAGAAAGAGGAGAAGUUUGAGAAGAAGGCAGGAGCACCCCCGAAGGAGGAGAAGAGGGGAGGAGAGCGUCCGGGCAGUAAGAAGAAGGGUCGUGAGGAGGUGGCGGUAGGGGACAAGCGUCCUGGAGGUAAGACUGGUAAAGAACCAGGCAGAGAGCCCUCCUCCACCACAACCAGCCCUGAGAGUGACUACCAGGACCACCACACUGACUCUACUGUAGAGCCUGAACUACAGGACAAAUACAGGAGACAGCUGCACCAACAGGCUA